CAUUACCUCUUCCUGCUACCCAUCACAACAAUAGCGGGUGUUUCAAACUCAUCCUUCCUGCCUGUAGCAAGCUUCCUCAAGGGACUCUCUAGCUAGCCAGCGUGCUGACCAGACGUCGAUUCCGUGCAGCUCCGUGCCGAGAACCAAUAACAUUCCCUCACCCACAGAGCUACAGCAUCGCCACCACCAGAGCAGACAGUACCAACUACAGACAAGCUGGAUGAUGCUGUGGAGGUGAUGCCUCUGGUGAAAACAGCUGUCCAGCCGGGCUCCAACCCCGUAUGCGCCGGCUCCACCUCCCCAGGUGACCACAUGGACGACUCCACCACGGUCAUCAAGCGUACCAGAACACCAUCACCUGGCCAACACUGACUGACCUCCUGGGUGGCUGCACAAAUUCCUUUCAAGACUCUCAACCUCACCAGGACCUUCCUACACAAAACAAAUCAACUUCACUGCAUAUAGCCUGACCACAUCACCUCCGCAUCCCGGACCUUUGGGGCACUAGAGGCUGUGACACAGCCUGCACGGCCCCAACAAAUCCCCAAGAAGAAGAAGCUUCCUCAAGAAUGCAGAUUAUUAUUCUACGCUACUAUGGCUGAAGGAGGUUCCAUUGCAAGCACUACUGUGUAGUGGGGGAUUUGAUGCUGUCCAGCAGUGAUUCUGAUGACCACUACUCAAAGUAUGGACGAUGAUGCUGGAUUCCAUGAGGUGAUCAGCAAGGCAGAAAAGAAGAGGAGGCACGAUGCAGCAAGACUAAGUGAAGACAGUGAUACCUGCAAGAUGCAGAAUGCUAAGAAAAGUCACGCUGGUAAGGGAGGUGAUUCACGUGGCACCUCCUUGGGGAUAGACGCCUCCUGCAGGAAGAAGAUUGGCCCGAGAUACCCUGUUGCAGCUCACUCUCGUCUGAGCGACAGUGAUAGUGAGGAUGAGAGUAUCCAGGACCUAACCAGGUGGACAUAGGAUUGCAAGAGCAGAGUGGUAGUGGACAGGAGCCGAGUCGUAGUGGUCAAGAGCCGAAUCGUGGUGGAAGGUAGAGGCUGUAUUUUCCUCUCAUGGAAGGCUUCGACUACAACAAAAAGCUCCAGUGGACAGUCAAGCUUUGUAAGUACCAUAAGGAUUUUGAGGUUUUGUUCAAGGAUGGAAAACACAGGCCAUAUGUAACUGUUAAAGAUGAGCAUGCUGUGGAUUUUUUAACAACUGAAGGUUUUGAUGGCCUUGUGAUGGAAAAACCUGAUGGAAGGGAGAAGUGCCACAAGGUUAUCAUAUAUGAUGUUCCAACCCUUGUAGAUCCUGAUGACCUUUCAUUUGAUGAGAGAUUUGUGUGGGUUAAGAGACGUGUAGUGAAACUGAAGGAUGCAGUUUCCCCUAAGCCUCAGCUUGUUGCUUUGAUGAAAGGGUCACUCCCUGAGAAGGUGUUUAUUCCUUGCCUUGGAUAUAGGCAUGUCUCUCUUUAUAAUGAAACUCCUGUUCUGUGUUAUGAAUGUAGUAAAUGGGGUCAUAUGCAAUACAAGUGUUACAAUGAUUUCCGCUGUAGGUUCUGCGGUAAAAAAUCAUGACUCCAGGGAAUGUAUUGCUAAACUGAAGGAAAAUGUCAAGAUUGUACCAAUCUGUUGUAAUUGUGGUGAAUCAUAAUACUAACUCAUGGCAUUGUACAAAGAGGCCCCAAAGAAACCGUCGCAAUAACUCUGACGUUAAGGCUAGUAAACCCGCUAGACAUGUACAGGUGUUACAGAGUUCACAGCCAGUUAAUGUGUGGCAGGAAAGGCUUGAGCAAAGGCAGGCCUCUAUACCAGGAAAUGUAACAGACAAGCUAGGUACAGUUCCUCCCACACCACAGGUAGUUCAUGUUCAUGAGGAUGUUUCUUUGAGGAAAGAAAUUGAUGAGUUAAGGAACCUUAUGGCUGAUUUACAGAAGCAAAUAGUGGAAUUGCACAUAGUAAUCAUGAGGCCUAGCUCUCAUGUUGAUACUGCUGUGAAUUCUACUAAGGAAACUGUUGUGGACACCACUGUAGAAACUAAUGGAUCCAAUAAUAAUGUUGCAAUGUCCCAGGAGAACAAUCUACCAGUUGUCACUAGUGAAGUGAGAUACCUGCUGGACUUAAUCAGGGCCUAUGUGGAUAACCCAAAGGGUAAAGUGAAAUAAAAAUUGUUAAAGGUUGCCACAUCUGUGGGGAAUAAGGUUCAGCAAAAUGGAAGUUAGAAAUCUGUGUGUACUAUCAUGGAAUAUUAACAGUUUACAGAAAUGGUCUACUGAUGUACAUGCCUAUGUUCUUGAAAAUAACAUUGAUGUAAUAACACUUCAGGAGGUUGGUAUGAAAACAGAUUGCUUGACCUUACGAGGAUAUCAACGCUUUGAGCUUUCAGCUGAUCUACGUACUAACACAAGAGGUUUAGUCACAUACAUCAAAAGCUGUAUUCCUGCCACCCUCCACUCUGCUUAUAAGGUCAAUGGUACAGAGGUACUGUGUGUAAACGUUCGCAUUAAAGAUUGUGUGGUGAUUAUUGUUAAUAUGUACAUUCAUGCAAAUAUGCUAAGAUCUGAGGACCUUCCUGAUUGUGUAUUUAGUGAUAAAAGUCUUUUGGUUGGAAACCUAAAUGCUAGGCAUAGGAGUCUAGGUAGCUUCUUUGGCAGCCAGAAUUCCAGUGGUUUUGCUCUGUGUGACAUUGUUGAUGCCUUUGGGAAUGUACAGGUAUUAGGGAAUGGUAAACCUAUGCAUGUCAAAGGUGGCAGACUUGAUUAUGCUCUUCUUUUUAAUAUGAAUGAAGUUCAAGCCUCUGCAGAUAUCGUGCAUGAACUGGAGAGUGAUCACUUUGCUUUAAAGGUAACUCUUGAGCUUGAUAAGGUGUGUGGUCCUUCCACCAGGGCAAGGUACAGGCUGCAGGAUGGCCAGCAUAGGCAACUGAUUAAUAAAGUAAAUGCUUGGUACCAAGAUUACAAACACUCUGUCCAUAAUGUUGACCAGUUUUAUGAAGCUCUGUUGCAAGUAAUUGACCAUACUUUAAGUAAGGCUACCAUUCGGCAAACUCGUUCAGGUAGGAGAUGUAAGUCAGCUUACUUUACUGAUAAGCAAGUUAAGGGAUGGAACACAUUACUUAGGAAAGCACAGAGUCGAUGGAGUAAAAUUCCCUGUGAUAUCCAGAGUAGGACAGCCAUGCUUGAAAUCGCUGAAUGUAUGACGGAUGUGAGACAACAAGCAUGUACCAGGUAUUGA